AUGACGUCACCGCAUGACGGGAAACGCGGAAGAGCGCAAAAGGCCACAGUUUUAACUGGUGACAUUUCUGUGGACGUUUUAAACUAGUUUUGAAACUACGUAUUAACCUAACUGACUUUGAAUAAAGUCGGUUUAACGCUAAAGCACUUUCUAAAUGUUGUGGGUAGAAGCUGUGCUGUAAUCGGUUGUAAGGAGUUUAUAGUCAUCAUCAUGAGUAAUUUUGGGGACGACAGUGAUUCUGAAAAUGAUCGGAUCAUGAUGGACCGGCCGCCCAGCAGUUACGGCUCCAUGCAAAGUGACGAUCAUGAAGAGGAACUUAAUGACUUUGAUGAAUCGCCCCUUAAACAAUCAACAAGGGUCAGGCUUCAUCGCCCAGAUUCACCAGAGACCGCAAUUACUGAACGUACAAACACAAACCAGUCCAGUAUAUACAAAGAUGGACUGUUCCUGAGACAACCCAUCAUGCACCUAGGCGAUUAUCAUGUUCAACACAGUAUUAACAGAGAGCCCUCGAUCAUGGAGCCGUCUGAGAUGCAGAGCGACAUUAGAACAGAAGCAGCGAUGGAUGAAGAGUUGAAUGACAGAGACACGGAGAUGAAUGAGAGAGGCGUGCAGGAAGUGCAGAAUGAAAACGCUGCAAUGGAGGUCCAGGUGGAGCAGGCAGAGGCAACGACAGAAGAGGAGGAUUUUGAUGAAAUUGUUAUACAAUGUGAAGAACCCAGAGAUCCUCCUCCUCUUCCUCCGGAAGGCGCCGGUCUGCAGUUUAAACACAAACACAGUUCCCUCACACUGCGCCAUGUGUUAAAGCAAAUGGUGGGGUGUCUUUCCCAGCUCCAUCCAGGAGAGAUUGCCUAUUUUAAGCGUUGUCUGAGCACUCACUACAGAUUCAGGAAGAACUACUCGACAAUUGCGGAUCUUAAUGACCCACUGGAUGUGAUCGAUAAAAUGAUCGAGGUCUGUGGGCUGGGAGAAACUCUGCAUCUCACCAUACGAUCCCUCCACAACGUUGGAAAAGGCGAUCUAGAUGGAUACCUAAGGAAGAGCUGUAGAAGAGCUGUGUUACUGCAUGACCUGAAAUUAGCUUACAACAGACGCUAUUACAAUCUCUACGAAGGCCGAUGUCGUCCAGGUCAACAGCGAUACAUCAGUGACGUCUAUGUCGAACCCGUAACAGUCAUCAGAGGCACCAGGGAGCCCAUCAACCCUGAGAAUGAGGUCUUGAAGAUACCUUAUACAAUCGAGGAGACCCAAAUCAGAGCCGCAGACAUCUUUCGGCCCCUUCCUCACGAACAGAAACCAAUCCGUAUGGUCAUGAUGACGGGAAUUCCCGCCUGCGGUCUAACGGUGGCUAUUAAUAAGUUUAUCAUUGACUGGAUGGAGGAAAAAAGCAAUCAGGAUUUUCAAUUCGUGUUCCCUUUGCCGGCCAAAGAGUUGCACCUUGGGAAAGACGGAAAUCAGAGCUUCUUAGAGCUACUUGGUAGCUUUUUCGCAGAGGCCGACGACAUUAAAUUCAUUGAGAAGCCCGAUUGCUUGAGUCUGUUUGUUAUUAACGCUCUAGAAUGUUACAAGUACAACCUGGACUUCAAAAACAAUGAAAUGAUCACAAGCGCCAGGACGAAAGCACCAUUAGAUGCUCUUCUCACCAGUUUAAUAAAAGGCACGUUGCUUCCGAAUGCCAGAGUUUGGAUCACCAGCCACGUCACUGCCUCCCAUCGAAUUCCUCCACAUCUAAUCGACAGGUAUGUAGAGUUAAGAGGAUUCACGGAUGAGAAGAAGGAAGAGUACUUUACCAAAAGAACCUCUGAACCUGAGCUUGGGAGGAAGGUUUAUAACCACAUGAAGCGCUCCAAAGCGCUUGAGAUCAUCUGCCACAUUCCUCUCUUCAGCUGGAUGGUGGCGUUCAUCUUCGAACGUGGGUUUCGAGAUCCCGAAUACGGCAAACACCCACCUGGCAUCACGGCGUUUUAUUCGCAGUACAUCAUUGUGCAGAUGAACCGCUCGUUUGAGAAAUACCGCGGCGGCAGCAGCGAGGCACAGGAUUGGAAGGAUGAAGAUAAGAUGUUUAUUGAGAUGUUGGGGAAAAUGUCAUAUCGGAUGAUUCAAGAUGGACGGGACUGGUUUAAGGUGGACGAUUUGACCUCUGUUCACCUCACAUAUGAAGAUUUGCGCACUCGGGAUGAAUUAACCACUGAGGUCAAACGAAGAAACGAAGACCUUCGAACGUGGGUCUUCAAGUUUGUUCACAUUACUAUUCAGGAAUACAUGGCCGCUAUGUAUGUUUAUGUGACGUUUAGGAAACACGGGAAAAAUGUGAUCGAACCUAGCAAGAUGUCUUGGUUUCAGGGCACAAACAAGGAUCGGUCUAUGAUUGAGCUCUUCCGUCCCGCCAUCGACCGUGCGUUGGCGUCUCCGAAUGGACAUCUGGACAUGUUCCUGCGCUUCCUGAUCGGAUUGUUGACUCCAGGAACUGAGGAUAACUUGCGCGGAUACCAGCUCAAUCACUACCACCCAAAGCCAAAGGCACGGAGGAUGUGGUCAAAUACAUCAACAAAAAAAUGAGAGAUAACCUUCAUCCAGACAGGAGAAGAAACCUAGAGUUGUGUCUGGUGGAGCUGGAAGAAGGCAAAGAAGGAAGAUGAGAAGAAACACAGCAAGGCAGUGUUCGAUCUAUGAGGUGGGACUGUGUAACACUAAUCUAAACGCAGCGUCCCGCAGGAGCAACUCAGUUAAAGGGAUGGUUCACCCUGUCAUUAUUUACACUAGGGUUGCACAAUACCAUAAACACGUGUUACGAUACUAUACCAGCUGAAGUAUCUGGACACAGUGUUGUAUCGCCAUACCAUGCGAACUGAGAGAUAUAUGCAUAUUAUAUAAGACCGGUUUCACACCACAUGUAUAAGCAGUGCAUAUUUUUUUCCGGCCCAUGUUAAAAGAGAAGAGAAGUGCAGUGAUCGUUUCAGCGCGGAAUAUAGUUUUAAUGCACAGCUCACGCUGAAUUAAAGCGACACUGCAUUGUUUUUAUUCAAAAUAGACAUGAGUAAACACAAAAAAAAUAACAAAUGCCACCAUAAAAUCUAAUUUUUACAUUUUAGCGACUCCCUACAUACAACAUUACUUCUAUACUACCUUAAAAAAAAAAAUACAGUGGCGUCGUCAGUAUUUUGGAGCCUUAGUAUUGUGAUACUUUCGUAGUUCAUGUAAACCAUGCAACCCUAAUUAACACUACUGGUCAAAAGUUUGGAUUAACUAUGAUUAUUAAUGUUUUUUUUGUUUUUUUUUUAAGUCUCUUCUUCUGCUCACCAAGGCUGCUUUUAUUUAAUUAAAAACAGUUAAACGGUACCACUGUAAAAUAUUAUUUAAAAUCUAUUUAAAUAUUGUCUAAUGUAAUUCAUUGCUGUGAUCAACGCUGCAUUUUCAGCAUCAUUACUCCAGAUGCACAUGAUCCUUCAUAAAUCAUACUUAAAUGCUGAUUUGCCGCUCAUGAACCAUUUCUGAAGUGUUUCUGGAAAGCAUCGUUAGCUAAUUAUGGGUUCAAGUCUAAUUGAACUCUAGUGGUAACGUCAGAAGAACUUGUGGCUAUAGUUGCUUUUGGGAAACGCACCCCUGAUUAUUAUCAGUGUUGAGCUGCCAGGUGUUUUUGUGAAAACUGUGAUAAACUACUUUUCAAGAAAGAAAUGAACACUUUUAUUCAACAAGAACAAUAGUGACCGUGAAGAGAUCUGUUAUAAAAGAGUUCAUUUCCAUUCAUAAAGAAUGCAGGAAGAAAAAAAAAAUUCUUAUAUUUUACCAAAAAAAAAAAGUUUUGAACAUUGACACUAAUUAACAUCAACACAACUUCAUAUUAGAAUAAUUUUUAAAUAUAUUAAUUUAGAAAACCGUUGUUUUGGAUUGUAAUGUUUUACAGUAUUAUUGCUUUUACUGUAUUUUUCAUCAAAUAACUAGAGCCUUUGUGAGCAGAAGACACUUUACUUAAAAAAAUAAAUAAAAAAAAAAUCUAAAAUUUGAAAUUAUUCCAAACUAUUGCUGGUAGUGUACAUUAUUGACAUCUACAGUCACUGCUGCUUUGAUUGGAAUAACAUUUUUCUUCAUUUAUUUUGGAGAUAAAAAUCCAUUAAUGUGAGUGACAUGAUGUGUAAAUUAUAAAUGGGGUGAGCUGUUCCUUUCGCUCUUUUUGGUGCUGUGAGCCGAAACAUCGGUUUGCUUAUUUGAGUCAGUAUGAUGAUGUGUUUGCUUCAGGCUUUUUUCAGCUAAUGGGAAUGGGCAAUUAUAGCACUAAUAGAUGAUAUCAUUAAAGUGUGCACAAUGCUUUCAAGGGGCUGAAGAACUGGAAGUGCACUUCAUUAACAAUCGCCGCUUUUCAUAAUAAAAAAUAAUUACUUUUGUAAACAUUCAGUGAGUAAGCAGUAACAUGAAUAGCUAGACUAUUAUCCUGACAGAGCAGCACGUUAUGAUGUUUUUAUUCAUUAUUCUGUGCAGAUAUGAGCAGUCAUUGUUUUUCAUGUUUCAGGUAAUCGCAGAAUAUAGAUUUUUAUUUGUAUUUGUUUUGUAUUUUUUGUUACUUGUGGCAUUUGCUUCAGAUUUACUCUUCAGAAAGAAAUCACCUAGUAACUCAUCCAGACAUUUGAAUAAAUGUUCAGUUCUGUCCUGUCUGCUCAUAUACACUGACAGAUGAUGGAUUUAAGGUGACAUAGUGAUUAAUAAGCCAUUCCUUUUAUUGUUGGGGUUUUUAAAGAGGAGUGUGGGUUACAAAACCAAAGAGUUGCUGAUUUAUGCAUAAUCUUCACCAUUGUGUCCUUAAAAACAUUUGUAAUAAAAAAAAUGCCUCUUAUAGUGGUGCAGUGAGGCUAUUUCUUGCCAUUUAUCAAGAGAAAAAAUAAAUAAAUCUGGCAGUCUACCCCUAAA